AUGUUGCUGAAUCUUCGUCUCGAUGGAUGUAGCAGCUUACAUGUCCUCUGUUCGACGAAAACCUUUCCCAUCUUCCCUCUCGAUAAAGCCCCAUCCUUCAAGAAAUCGAAGCAUAAUUACGUACCAGGAACCCACGACGGCGACAAGAGAAGCACCAGAAACUGCGACCGAGGAAGCAUCAUCGGUACCGUUGCCCACGAAGUAAUCGCCGGAAAAAACUUACUCAUAGUAAACCCAGACGAUAACCGCGCCGGAAAAUCAAGGAUUAGCGAUGGAUUCGUCGAUAAGAGAGCUAGAGAAACCGGAUUCAACGGAAACGGCACGUUCGGUAAAGUGCACGCAAAGUGUUCGACGAAAGGUCUUACUUACGGAGGAUGCAUCCCCGCCAUUUUACAGGCUUUAGAUCGUAUCGACGACGUUGAAACCGCGUUGAGCCCCUGGGCGGAGAGGCUCAGCAGCAAGGAGAGGACGAUCAUACUGAAAGAGCAGACGCGGUGGGAGAGAGCGGUGGAGAUUUUCGAUUGGUUUAAGAGCAAAGACCGCUACGAGCUGAACGUGAUUCACUACAACAUCAUGUUACGGAUUCUCGGGAAAGCUUGUAAGUGGAGGUACGUGCAGAGUCUAUGGGACGAAAUGAUCAGAAAAGGAAUCAAACCGAUCAAUUCCACGUAUGGGACGCUCAUCGAUGUUUAUAGCAAAGGCGGGCUUAAAGUCCACGCUCUUUGCUGGUUAGGGACGAUGAGCAAGAUUGGGAUGCAGCCUGAUGAAGUGACCACAGGGAUUGUUCUUCAGAUGUAUAAAAAGGCGAGAGAGUUUCAGAAAGCAGAGGACUUUUUCAAGAAGUUUGGGAACAAUGUGGCGGAGUCAAAUCUUUGCUUGAGCUCUUACGCUUACAACACGAUGAUCGAUGCGUAUGGCAAGUCCGGGCAGAUCAAAGAGGCUUCAGAGACGUUUGAGAGGAUGCUAGAGGAAGGGAUUGUGCCAACGACUGUGACUUUCAACACAAUGAUUCAUAUAUACGGCAAUAACGGUCAGCUUGGGGAAGUGACUUCUUUAAUGAAGAAGAUGAAGCUUCGUUGCUUGCCUGAUACAAGAACGUACAACAUUCUCAUCUCGCUUCACACGAAGAGCAACGAUAUUGAAAAGGCUGAGGCUUACUUCAAGGAGAUGAAAAGCUCAGGGCUUAAACCGGACCCUGUAAGUUACCGAACCCUCCUCUACGCUUUCUCGAUUAGGCAUAUGGUUGAGGAAGCUGAGGAGCUUAUAGCAGAGAUGGAUGAGAAUGAAGUUGAGAUCGAUGAGUACACGCAAUCAGCUCUUACCAGAAUGUAUAUAGAAGCGGAAAUGAUUGAGAAAUCGUGGUUAUGGUUUCAAAGGUUUCAUUUUUCUGGUGACAUGAGCUCUGAAGGCUAUUCAGCGAACAUUGAUGCUUAUGGCGAGCGUGGAUACACAUCAGAAGCAGAGAGAGUGUUUCUCUGCUGCCAAGAAGUGAACAAGAGGACAGUGAUUGAGUACAAUGUGAUGAUCAAAGCUUACGGAAUCGGUAAACGCUGCGAGGAUGCGUGUGAGUUGUUCGAGGGGAUGAUGAGUUACGGCGUCUCGCCGGAUAAGUGUACGUACAACACUCUCGUCCAGAUCCUCGCGAGCUACGACAUGGCGGAGAAAGCGAGAUCGUACUUGGAGAAGAUGAGAGAGACGGGUUACGUGAGCGAUUGUAUACCGUACUGCGCUGUGAUAUCUAGCUUUGUGAAGCUAGGUCAGGUUGGUAAAGCAGAGGAAGUGUAUAGAGAGAUGGUUGAGUUCAAUAUUGAGCCAGACGUCGUCGUUUAUGGAGUCUUGAUCAACGCGUUUGCGGAUAGAGGAGACGUUCAAGAAGCUACGAGUUAUGUAGAAGCGAUGAAAGAAGCUGGAAUUUUAGGGAACUCUGUUAUACACAACUCUCUGAUCAAGCUCUACACGAAAGUCGGGUACUUGAACGAAGCCGAAUCGAUAUACAGAGAGCUUCUUGAAUCGUCAUCGUAUCCGGAUGCAUAUACGUCGAACUGUAUGAUCAAUCUGUACAGCGAGAGGUCGAUGGUGAGGAAAGCGGAAGCGAUAUUCGAAGGAAUGAAACAGAGAGGAGAAGCGAACGAGUUCUCGUUCGCGAUGAUGGUGUGUAUGUACAAGAAGAACGGGAGGUUCGAGGAAGCGACUCGGAUAGCGAAAGAGAUGAGAGAGAUGAAGAUUAUGGACGAUCCGUUGAGUUAUAAUAGUGUUCUUGGUUUAUACGCUUUGGACGGAAGGUUUAAAGAAGCUGUUGAGACUUUCAAAGAGAUGGUUGCUUCCGGGAUUCGAACCGACGACUCCACGUUUAAGUCGCUUGGAAUUAUUCUGAUGAAGCUCGGUUUGUCGAAGAAAGCUGUUCGUAGGAUCGAGGAAGUGAGGAAACGAGAGAGGAAGAGAGGUUUGGAUCUUUGGAUUGAAACUCUCUCUUCUCUCGUUGAGCUUUAG